GCGAAGCCAAGAACGGGCAGCGCCCCCUCCGCUCUCGCUCCCCCCUUCUUCCUGGUUUCUUGGCAUCCUUUUUUCCUUGUUCCUGGGAGAUUUCUCUUGCCGAGGCGCCGCCGCAUUGUUGAACCAAAAUUGUGGAAUAAGGGAACAUUUGUUGAUGUUCUAAUGGAAUCAAAAGGUGGAAAAAAGAAGUCUAGCAGUAGUAGUUCCAUGUACGAAGCUCCCCUUGGUUACAAGAUUGAGGACGUUCGCCCAGCUGGAGGAAUCAAGAAGUUCCAGUCUGCUGCUUACUCCAACUGCGCUCGCAAGCCAUCCUGAUAUUCCUUCACAUGCCUUUCCCUGUAGAGUAGGAAUUUCCUGCAAUUCUUCCUUUCUUUUGUUGCAAUAAAUCUCCCUUGGCUGGCUGCUUUCUCAAUUUCUUCCUUUGCCUUACCCGAUCACUUCUUCCCUCUUACUGCUCCUUGCAACACUUGAUCAAAUAUUCAAAUGACGAUGUCCUUGGCUGAUUCUUGGGGCUCUACUCCUGCCUCUUCCAUUGGGUUUGAAGGCUAUGAGAAACGCCUUGAGAUAACAUUCUCUGAUGCACCUGUCUUUGUGGACCCCUGUGGUCGUGGCCUCCGUGCCCUCUCGCGUGAGCAGAUCGACUCGUUCUUGGAUCUUGCGAAGUGCACCAUUGUAUCCCAGCUUUCGAACAAGCACUUCGACUCCUAUGUGCUGUCAGAGUCAAGCCUCUUUGUUUAUCCCCACAAGGUUGUCCUCAAGACAUGUGGCACAACAAAGCUUCUGCUCUCCAUUCCUCGCAUCCUUGAGCUUGCUGCAGAGCUGUCACUGCCUGUUCUCUCAGUGAAGUACUCUCGUGGGAUGUUCAUCUUCCCCGGAGCGCAGACAUCGCCGCACCGCAGCUUCUUGGAGGAGGUAUCUGUGCUCAACAGCUUCUUUGGUGGCCUCAAGUCAGGUGGCAAUGCCUAUGUGAUUGGUGAUGCAUUCAAGCCUAAGAAGAAGUGGCAUGUCUACUAUGCCACAGAAGAGCCUGAGCAGCCUAUGGUUACACUCGAGAUGUGCAUGACUGGGCUGCAUGCUAAGAAAGCUGCAGUGUUCUUCAAGAAUUCCACUGAUGACUCUUGCUCAUCAGCUAAGGAGAUGACUAAGCUCUCUGGGAUUUCUGAAAUCAUCCCUGAGAUGGAGAUUUGUGACUUUGAGUUUGACCCGUGCGGGUACUCGAUGAAUGGCAUCUAUGGCCCUGCCGUCUCCACGAUCCAUGUCACUCCUGAGGAAGGCUUCAGCUAUGCAAGCUAUGAAGCGAUGAACUUCAAUCCUACCUCCUUGGUUUACAACGAUUUGAUCAAGAAGGUGCUUGCUUGUUUCUGCCCUUCAGACUUUUCAGUCGCUGUCACCAUCUUUGGCGGGCAUGGCUUUGCCAAAUCAUGGGCAAACAGCGCAGAGGUUGAUCCCUACAUGUGUGAUGAUCUUGUUGAGCAAGAGCUUCCUGGUGGUGGUCUGCUGAUGUACCAGAGCUUUACUGCUGUUGCUCCUGGUGCUGUCUCCCCAAGGUCGAUCUUGGAUGGCUGGAAUAGCGAUGGAGUGGAGAUGGUUGCGAAGAGCAAAGAAAUGAUCGUUUGCUGGGAAGGAGAGAACGCGGCAGAGGAAGAUGCGGAUGCCUGAGAAAUUUGUAGUGUUCUUCAAUCUCAAGUUGCAAAAGUUGCAAGUUGAAGCUGAGGCUUUUGAGAUAGUUCCAUCUGAAGUUUCUGAUGCCUCAUUGGUUCUGCUCUUUCAGUUUCGGUUAAGCAGCUGGCUGGGCUACCGGCAAGCAUUUCUUAUAUUAUUGUUCAUUGUUCUUUUAUAUUUAUCUGCCCCAAUAAGUGCUCUAGAUGGUUUGCUGCGUCUGCCAUAGUGAGCAAAUCUGAAUGUAGUGGAUUUUACAUCUGUUGCCGAUGCUCUUUUAGGGAGAAUGAAAUGUAACUCGAUUAUUUCCAAUAACCGUUGAAAUUUCCAUAA